AUGAACUCGGCUACAGCGACGAGUAUAGAAACCUCGAAUGGUUCGGCCUCUGUCUCCCGGCGCAGCGGCCACGACGUCACACAGAACGAACCCAACAAUCGUACCAACGGAAACGGUAACGGAACUGCCACGACCAAAACUCCAAAGAAGCCUGGCCAGAAGUACAGACACGUCGCUGCGGUUCACAAACAGACGAGACCUUCAUGUCUGAGUCACGAUUCCGAUGCUGCCCCCAGCUUUAUCGGGUUCCGUAACCUCAUGGUCAUUGUGCUUGAUAUCUACUUAGGUCUACUCCUUUACUUCCUCAUCCCAUGCCAUCUCCUUGCUGCCUACUUGAUUGAGCUGGCUGCUGCUCAGCAGGCUCGAGGAUCUCUAAAGCGUGUCAAUGAUUCACCUUCUGGUGGCCCCUCAGAGCAGGAGCGCAAGAGGUUUCAUAAGACUUGGGUUGUUGUCGCAUGGGCUCAUCUUUUCAACAUCACACUUGCCCUUGUCCUGACCACCUGGGUGGUGUACUUCAAGAUUCAUCAUCCUCUCAUUGGUACUGUGACUGAGAUGCAUGCCAUAGUUGUUUGGCUCAAGACUGCAUCGUAUGCUUUCACCAACCGAGACUUGAGACAUGCCUAUCUGCAUCCUGUGGAAGGAGAGCGCGAACUGGUACCUGAGCUGUACACGCAAUGCCCGUAUCCCCAGAACAUCACCUUCAGCAACCUGGUCUACUUCUGGUGGGCGCCCACACUCGUAUACCAGCCCGUGUAUCCUCGCACCGAUAAAAUCAGAUGGGUCUUUGUUGCCAAGCGAGUUGGGGAAAUUUUCGGCCUCAGUGUGUUCAUGUGGGUUGCGAGUGCUCAGUAUGCUGCACCUGUACUUCGGAACUCGCUCGACAAGAUCGCUUCCCUUGACCUUAUGUCUAUUCUGGAACGGUUACUUAAGCUUUCGACAAUCUCCCUAGUCAUCUGGCUUGCUGGUUUCUUCGCACUCUUCCAGUCGUUCCUCAACGUCCUGGCCGAGGUUUUGAGGUUUGGCGACAGGUCAUUCUAUGACGAUUGGUGGAACAGUGAGAGCUUGGGAGCAUACUGGCGUACGUGGAAUAAGCCUGUUUACACGUAUUUCAAGCGUCAUCUGUACAUGCCCAUGAUCGGGCGUGGUUGGAGUCCUCAAGCCGCCAGCUUUGUAGUCUUCCUAGUAUCGGCUAUUCUUCACGAGAUCCUUGUCGGUGUCCCUACGCAUAACAUCAUUGGCGUUGCUUUCCUGGGUAUGUUCCUUCAACUGCCACUUAUUGCAUUGACCAAGCCUCUUGAAAACAUGAAGCUUGGGCACACUGGCAAAAUAGUUGCACUUAUGUACUUCUACGCUUGGCAAGCAAAGUAUGGAAGUGUCAGCAAACAGAUGACGACAGUAUCGAGUUGA